CACCUUUCUUAGUCCUCAUCAAUGGCCGAUGAUCUGAAAUCAACCUUCCUCGAUGUUUAUUCCAUUCUCAAGACUGACCUGCUUCAGGAUCCUGCCUUCGAAUUCACCAACGAGUCCAGUCAAUGGCUUGAACAGAUGCUUGACUACAAUGUCCCCGGCGGGAAGCUUAAUCGUGGGAUCUCCGUGGUUGAUAGCUAUAAGAUGUUGAAGCAAAACCAAAAAUUGACCCAAGAAGAGAUUUUUCUCUCAUGUGCUCUCGGUUGGUGCAUCGAAUGGGUAUUCCUAUUUUACUUACUUACUCUCUUCAUCUCUCUCUCUCUCUCUCUUUGUCUUUGCUCUGUCACACGCCGUGGCCAGCCUUGCUGGUUUAGGAAGCCACAGGUUGGUAUGAUCGCCAUUAACGAUGGGCUUCUACUUCGCAAUCACAUCCACAGGAUUCUCAAGAAGCAUUUCCGGGGAAAGCGUUACUAUGUUGACCUCGUUGAUUUGUUUAACGAGGUAGAGUUUCAAACAACUUGUGGCCAGAUGCUUGAUUUGAUCACCACCUUUGAUGGAGAAAAAGAUUUGUCCAAGUACUCCUUGGAAAUCCAUCGGCGUAUCGUCCAGUACAAAACAGCUUAUUACUCAUUUUAUCUUCCUGUUGCUUGUGCAUUGCUUAUGGCGGGAGAGAAUUUGGAAAUCCAUAGUGAUGUGAAGAAUGUUCUUGUUGACAUGGGGAUUUACUUUCAAGUACAGGAUGAUUAUCUGGAUUGUUUUGCUGAACCGGAGACACUCGGCAAGAUAGGAACAUACAUAGAAGAUUUCAAAUGCUCCUGGUUGGUGGUUAAGGCAUUGGAACGGUGCAGUGAAGAACAAACUAAGAUACUAUACGAGAACUAUGGUAAAAGCGAACCAUCAAACAUCGCUAAGGUGAAAGCUCUAUACAAGGAGCUUGAUCUCGAGUCAGCGUUCAUGAAAUAUGAGAAGGAAAGCUAUGAGAAGCUGACAAAGUUAAUAGAAGCUCACCAAAGUAAAGAGAUUCAACUAGUGCUAAAAUCUUUCUUGGCUAAGAUCUACAAGAGGCAGAAGUAAAGACAAACUUUGGUCCCCACCGUCAAUUUCUUUGUACUUUGUGUUUAUAAACCCCAAGAAGAUACUCUACAAAGAUAACACUGGUUCUGCUUUUCAGCUGAUAUGCUCAAGAAGGUGACUCUAAAUACAAUAUAGUGAAUAUGACCACUCUCUAAAUUUAUGUAAUUUCUCCAUCCUUUAUCUAAUAUAUAUAGCUCAUAAGAAGUAACACCGUCAAUGUCCAACUUUACAUUAAGAGAGCCCAUACCACAACUCCAAUGCAAAUGUUGUAGACAUCCCACCUUGCCAUUAGCUCAGCACCUGACGAUGAGUCUUUAUCUGUAACGCCCACAAGAAACCUACAAUCUCCAACUGAAGGAUCAAGGAAAGUGACCAUGCCAAGCCCGUCAAAGUCGCAGCUCUUUUCAUUUUGCAACUUCAGCUGAUAGUAACUGUUGAAAGCGUACGAGAUGUUAUCCUUCUCGCCAAGCUGGCUGCACGAGCCACCUUCGUCGAGCGUCGUGCAAUCUGCUUCACUGCAAGCAACCCUCAAGUGGUCUGCAACUUGUGCCAUGUCCCUUGACGGGUGAGCCACACACCACCUUGAAGGAAGGUACUCCACAUUCUCGGCGUUCUUGAGUCCUCUGUUUCCUACUCCCAAGUUGAGACGAUACUUGGCCUGUCCAUCGAAAGAGAAGAUCCCCCAGUGCCUCUCGAAGUUACCAGGCAGUGUGCUCUUGGCUCCUUCGUCAAGCAAACCGAAAAGAUAGACAUCCUCAGGAGGAGAGCCAGGCCUGAGCGGUGUUCCUUUGUUGCUCAGCAGAUGGUUAAUGAGCCCUUGAUUGAAAACCCGCGCUGCAGUGAGGUUAGCGCCGAGUGCUCCAUCCGUAGGCCAGCCAAUCUCGCCGAUAACGAUGGGCAUCUGACCAUAUCCAAGCUUGGUGAGAGCAGCAACAAGAGUGUCGAAGUUCCCAUCGAACGCAUUAUAGUAGGCGUUAGGCCCAUCGAGAACGGGAUGACUACUCCCUUCGAAAAACGCAUAGUCUUGCGGGAAAUCUGAGUUCUCAUAGAGACUAAGGAAAGGAUAGAUAUUGACAACGAAAGGGGAGCCGUUGGAGUUGAGAAAUGAAACCAGCUGAGUCAUGAUCUGUGUGAGCUCGGGCCUGAAGAUCCCUUGGGAAGGAACAUUAGACUCGUACGCAUCUGCGUUGCAAGGAACCACCAGCUUCACAUAGCUAGCUAGAUUCGCUUUCACCAAGGAUUGUUGUAGGUUAAGCAUAGCUGGGACAACAUAGUUCUGAAACUCGCCAUUGUAACCCGUAAGAAACGGCUCAUUCCCUACGGCAACGUACCUGAUGUCAGCACCGCCUUUGCCCAUGAAGCGAGAGAGAUUCUGCUGGACAAAGAGAUCAGAACUGAAAGUGGAGAGCAUCUCGUUGGGAAUGCCGAUCAUGACUUGGAUUCCGGUACCCAUUAGAGCUCGAAGCGCAUCUGGAUUGGCAUCGAAGAGCUUUACUUUGGUUAUCUUGUUUGCCUUGAGGAGAUCCACCACCGUGGAAGGUCUCAGCUUGUGAAACGACACCGUUCCCCAGUUCACGCCGAUUGCAGAAUGCACCUGAUGCGUCGCGAGGAGAAGGGAAAGGGUAAAGAGAGCUACACCGCUUCCCAUUUUUUUUUCCAGUAAGCUCUCUCUCAGUGGCCUGUCUGAGAAAGAUUUAGAAAUUUU